AUGAUACGCGAGGAAAAAGAUCGUCUUUGUGAUGAAAAUGAUAAAAUAACUCAAGAUAUGGUACAUCCACAGACAGAACAUGAAUGUAUUGUCGACUAUAAUCUACGAAAAAAUAAUUAUAAUGACGAUUCAAACCGAAAUCAAUUUAAACAACACCUUACCUUAACUAAACAAGUUGAUGAACGUGAUAUUUGUGAAGAUGAUAAUAAUUAUCCAUUUACUUUCGUAUCAAGGGGAGCGAAACGUAAACCAAAAGGUCUAAACGAAAAAGAAAACAACGGCAACAAAGAAAGAUGA